AAGAAAAUAUCUAUCAUCAAACAUACACAUCAAAUUUAAGAUGUCUGUCGGACUUCGGAAAUGGCGUUUGUUUUAAAAAAAAAUAUGUUUUUGUGCAAUAAGAAUUAUUAAUUUAUAAAUUACAAUUGUAAAAGUGAAUCAUAUUGUCUUAUAUAUUACAGAUAAUGGCUUCGCAAUAUUCCCGUGAGCAAAUUAAGAUUGCAGUUGCAAAAAUUUGUCUAACCAUUGGAUGGCAUUCGGUACAAACAACCUCGGUGGAAAUUUUAACCGAUAUCUUGUCGCACUAUUUAUUACAACUUGGAAAAUCUACUGCGGAUUAUGCAAACGAAUUUGGAAUGAUUGAACCAAAUUUGGAUCAUUUGGCAUUAGCAUUUCGUGAUUUUCAUGUAAAUCUUUCGGAAUUAGAAGAGUAUGUUAAAUAUGUCGACUUUGGAGAACCUCCAACAUCUGUACCAAAGUUUCCAAUUCCAAAAGAAGAUCAUCUUAAUUUUCUUAAACCUGGUAGUAAAGAAGUUGUUACAAGACCAGUGUAUAUUCAUGAACAUUUACCACCAAUGCAUCCAGUGUUAGAAGUAAAUGAUAAUGAAGUUGAAGAGAAAAAAGAAGAACCUGAAAAUCUUUCACGUUCUGAAAAUACAUGUCCUAUAUUUAAAAGGCCAGAAACAACAGUUGGAGAGCCUUUUAAAAGACCCAGGUUACUCUUAGAAGAAGAAGGAAGACCCACUAGGGAAAUAAGUAGUGUGAUGAUGACGACAUCUGGUUUUUUAUCACCAGCUCGUGAAGGUAAACUUCCAGAAUCUCGGACUCCACUGGUUUCAAUUGAUCCUACACCACAAAGUAAUAAUGUUAUGCCUACUGAUUCUAUUAAAAAACCUGUAAAAGCACUGAAAAAAGUAGAGAAGAAGAAAGAAAAAGGAGGGAAAGAACUAUUUAAGCCAGGUUUAGAUGAAAGAAUUAAAAAAAUAGCUAAUAUGAAGGACAUUGUUAAACUUAAACAAGUUAAGAUGAAUAAUAAUGCUAAUAAUCCGUCACUACUGGCGAAUAAUGUGUUGCUAAAUAAUGAUAUAAAAAUAACUCAGAUACCAAACAGUAAAAUCAAUUCGGCUCUCCCUCAAAAUAAGUUUAAUAAAGCUCUUGAAGCAGCAAGACUGAAAACAGAGAAACUUAAUACGACUAUUACUCCUAUUCCAAUUAAAUCUUUAUUUGCAACAACACAACAAUCUACAGUGCAGAGUCCACAAGUGCCAAAACAAUCUCAACAGUCCCCCAGUCAACAGUCUCAGCAACUGUCACACCAAUCUUCCCAACAACAGCAGCAAAACUUAGCAGGACAUCGAGAUGUACAUGUCGAUAAGUUAUUUACAGAACCAGAUAAAAAGAAGAUAAAUAUAUUAAAGAAGAUAUCAAAUGUUAAAAAUGAGAAAUUGGAGAAUAAAGUGAUGAAAAUAAAAGAUGAAAUAAAACAAGAAUCUAGAGAAAGUUCUCCAGAUCUUGUUAUCGAUGAGGCAGCUUCUGAUAUUGUUAACAAAGUUCAUCAUUUGUCCAAUGACAUUACAAUAGAAUUAAUAGAGCCUCAGCCAGCACAGGCACAAAAAAGUCCUGAAAAAGUGGAGAGAAAUUAUUUCGAUGAUGAUUCUCCACCAGGAACACCGUCUACCCCCAAAACUCCUGAAAUGAUUACACAAAGCCCUCCAUUACAAAUUAAAGAAAAAAGAAAACGAAAAGAUAAAUCAAAAGUGAAGAAGGUAUCAAAGCAUGUUAGUCCAAAUAAAGUGGAAACUGAUGUUAUCGAUGUAGAUUUGGAGCCCCCAAAAACACCUGAAGCCCCUCAAGUUGAUGUGAAACCAAAUCCACCAAUACCAUUUUCUUUCUUUCCUAGUUUUCCAGGCCCAGGCUUGAUUCCUCCUCCUUUAAAUAACUCCUUAUUUCCUCAUUUACCUAUUCCUCCUUUAGGUAUAUCUACAUUUGGACAACCUCCCUACAUACCUCCUGUCCAUCCUGGAAUGCCCAUGAAUUUCAUGCAGCAAAUAAAGCAAGAAGAACCUUCUGUGAAAUCUUUACCACCCCAUCCUCUUCUUUCUCUUGAAAAAACUUUACCCUUGACUGGGUCUGAGAAGGAACCUCCAACUAAAUUAGAGAAGAGAGGAAAGGAACACAAGAAAGACAAGAAAGAAAAAAUUAAGAAGAAAAAUAAAAAAGACAAAUUAAAAAGUAAGGCUGAGAAAAAGAAGCUGAAAGAAGAAAGGAAGGAAAAAAUCAAGAAAGAAAAGAAAGACAAACGAAAAGAAAAGGAGUUGAGAGUAGAUUUGGAAGUUGGUUCAGUGCCCAAGUUGACUCUUAAAUUGGGGCCAGCUUCUCCAAGACCAGAUACACCCGAAACAAGAAAACUGAACAUAAAACCUGUUGUUAAAAAAGAUGAAGAACCGAUGUUACCUGAUUCAACAGAUUCAAAAAGAGAAAUGUCGCCAGAACUGGCCAAAAUUUCUGCAUUAGUUACUGGUCAACCUAAGCCAAAAAGUAGUAGUGCUAAUAAUCAUAAGGAAGAAAUGGUGGUUAAAGAAGAAGUAACUUCAGCACCUCUGUCUACUACUCCACUUCGAAAUGGCGCAGGUCCAGGUAGGCCUCGUGUUCAUUCAAUCAAAUCGAAAUCGACAAAAACAAAUAAACAACAGAUACGACAACUGCCUCAACAACAGCAGAACCUAGUACAACAACCACAACAAAAACAGCAAACCACAAUUAAGGAUGCCGAAGGUAAUAAAGUGUGGAUUUGUCCAGCAUGUGGGAAACAAGAUGAUGGUAGUCCUAUGAUAGGUUGCGAUGAUUGUGAUGCAUGGUAUCAUUGGGUUUGUGUUGGAAUCCAAGUUCCCCCUGACGAUAAUGAAGAUUGGUACUGUAGGAAUUGUAUCAAUAAAAAACAAAAAGAUUUACAGACAAAAGAAAAGAAGAAAAGGAAAAAGCGAGAGAAGAAAGAUCACUAGAUUAUGUAUUUUUUGUUCAAUUGUAUCAGAAACUCAAUGUUAAUCAAUUUCUUCUUUUAAUUUUUUAAAACUCAACAUUUUAAAAUACCUUAUCUAAAAAAUAUAUUUUAAAAGCUG